AACAACGAAUCAUGAAGGCACUGCUGACUAUCUGCGUGAUUGGCUUGGUCCUAUCGGUGGCCAAUGCCAUCCUGCUGAAAGGCCUCGCACUGGGGGCCCUCGGGCUUGGUGCUGGAGCCCUACUUGGUGCCACUCUGGCCCGAGGUGGUGGAGGUGGAGGGUACGGCUACUACGGUGCGCCCUAUCCAGUGGCAUUUCACGGCGGAUAUGGACGCGGAUAUGGAGGUGGAUAUGGAGGACACUACAGCGGAUCCUACCACGGCACAUACCACGGAAGCUACGGUGGCUACGGUGCUGGCUUUGGUCCUGGCUUUGGGCCCGGCUUCUAGUUGUCCUAAAGAACUUCGUAGUCCCAGGCGAAAUGUCACACAUUUGGACUGCCCUCACCUACGGAAAGUUCACACCUCAGCAACGAAAUUGCGCAGCGGAAUCGGUUCAACGAACAAAACAUUGUACAUAGUGUUCUCCUAUCUUGAACAAAUUAACUAAAUAAAAUGUUUAUUAUG